UGGAGGGUAUUUUUCAACCUCAGUCUUUGGAGCACACCAGAAGUUAAUUUCUAUUGUGUAUGUGUGACAGAAACACAUAGUUAAAGAAGUAACAUGGUUGAAAUUGCAGAGUGCAGCUGGUCUUCAUCGGUGUUGUGCUGCAUCGGCUCCGUCACUGUGCUGUAUUACAUGCUGAGGUGGUCUUGGCAAUGUUGGCAUGGUUUUAAAGUGUUCGUGAUCUCUGAAAUCUGGCAAACGGACUUGAGAACAUAUGGGAAGUGGGCCGUUGUUACUGGAGCGACAUCAGGGAUUGGUGAAGCAUAUGCUAAAGAGCUUGCAAAACGAGGCUUAGACAUUGUUCUGAUCAGUCGCUCAGAUGACAAGCUCCGGCAUGUUGCCAAGGAAAUAGAGUCUCAGUACAAGCGGAAGACUCGUGUAAUUCAGACAGACUUUACAGAUGGCCAUCCCAUCUAUUCAGCUAUUGUACAGCAGCUAGAGGGCCUGGAGAUUGGAAUUCUGGUGAACAAUGUAGGGAUGAACUAUAUGGGAGUUCUGGCAAACUUUCUGGAUGCUCCUGACACCGAACAGAGAAUCACACAGGUGAUAAAUUGUAACAUACUGUCCAUCACUCAGAUGAGCAGACUCAUUUUGCCAGGAUUGGUUGAAAGGGGAAAAGGUCUCAUAAUAAACAUAUCAUCAGAGGCAGCCUCUCAACCCCAGCCAAUGCUGACAGUGUAUUCUGCCACUAAGAUAUUUGUGACAUAUUUCUCUCGCUGUCUGAAUGCAGAAUAUAGAUCACGAGGAAUCACUAUUCAAUGCGUAGCCCCGUUUAUGGUCUCCACUAAUAUGACUCAUAACUUGCCUGUGAAUCCUUUAAUAAAAAGUGCUGCUUCGUUCGCUAGAGAUGCACUGAACACUGUGGGUUACACAACAUUUACAAGCGGAUGUAUAACUCAUGCACUGCAGCACAUUGCUCUGUGUAUCUUUUUUCCGGGCUGGCUGCGUCUCUCUUCCUUUAGUGUGCAACGCAUGGCACAAUUUGCUCGCAGUGUUGAACCUCAAAUUAAGAAGAGGAUGGCAGAGACAAACAACAAAAAGGACUGACACAAGCACACUGUGUGGACUGCAGUGAUGAACACACAAAAAGAGAUACACAAACACAUACACCAACCUCUGUAUUUCUACUGAGGCAAACACACAUAUUUAGAACUACAGUGACACGUACACACAAACACAUGUUCUGGUAGGUUGACAGAUGCACACACACACACACACACACACACACACACACAAGUCACAGCUGCAGUGACACAUUAGGUAUGCAAUACAAAUAAUGUUUAUUCAUGAUUUUUAUGCAUAGGAAUCAGGAGUCUUAAUCAAUAGGAUAACGACUAGAGAGCUCCUCUUUUAAUCUGUAAUCUUUAAAAUUGAUUUAUUUUCCAUAAUGUGAUAUGAAGAACAAGCACUAGAGUGAUGGAAUAUAAUUUAAAUUUUUGCAUAAAAAAAUAAAUAAAUAAAUAAAUAAAUGAGAGACAAUAAAGGGAAAAAUGCAAUGUUUAGUUUAAUAACAUUCCUCUGCUUACAGACUCUACAUUCAGUCAUAUGAUUCAGCUAUUGCAUACAAUGCAGUCCCAUUUCUGGUCCUGUACUGAAUACAGUAGCUUUAUGUAUACUGAAGUAUAUUAAUGAUGCACAAUUUCAGAUAUAAGAUUUUUUUAUAGAUAUUCAGGAUUCUGUGGAAACUGGACUGUGUGAAGUAAUUUUUGCACACUAAAAAUCAAAACACUGUAAACAACAAAAAUACUUUUUAUAUAUGAAAUGUACAGAAUGUAAUGGCUUUUUUUAAAAUGUCAGCAUUCUUUGUGUUUUUGUUGACAAAUACACAAAUAUGCAACACUCACAAACACAUGUACGGACACACAUUUGGUCCAAGAGACAAAUAUUAAAGUAUUAUUGAAGCCAAUAGAGCUGUUCAGGUUGUAGUCCAAAAACUCAUAAAGCUAAUUGACCAUGGGUUCCCUCUGGAUUUUCCUAUUAAGGUUUUUAUUAAUGCAGUUUUGUUUUUACAAGUCAAAUAAGGUCUGUGGUAAACAUUGAUGUUACAUGGAUACAUUUUCUUCUACAAUAUAAAUUACACACUUUCAUACCUCAAACGUGAAUUUUGAACACAGGUGGCUUCAAAAUACACGUUUGAGGUAUGUAAGUGUGUAAUUUACGUCCACAUAUCAUCAAGUAAUGUUUACCACAGACCUUAUUUUACUCAUAAAUUCAAAAACCCCAUUAUAAAAACCUAUAGGAAAAUCCCAAAGGAAACCAUGGCCAAUUAGCUUACCGGGUUCGCCUACAAAUUGACGUCACAGCUGAACAGCUCUUUGUCCAUUUUCAUUUCACAAAGACCAACGCAGACACAACAGUGAGAGGCACUUCUAUGUUCAUCGUCAUUAUUGGCCUUGACCAAUCAGAUUCAGCUACUGAGCACCAAGCUCCACCUUCAGCCCAGUCUGCACAACCAUUAGCACUAACGGCACAAAGAGCUUGUACUGAGCAAACUGCAACAAAUACACAAAAUCAAAUGAGAGGAUGAAGCAAUAAAUUAAUUAUUUGCUUUCUUUAUCAGCUCCACAAAGCGAGUUUUGAAUUCUGAGUUCUUGCAACUAUAAAUAACGGAAAUUAAAACUCAAGAAAAUGCAUUCCCUUUGUCUCCUGUAUUAUUCACAUAAGGAUAUUUCAUAUAAUAAAUAACAUCUAUUUAACACUGUGAAUGACAGCAAAUAGACUGAGUGCACAGUGCAACUCAAGAGCUCUAUAAUCGUAAAGCUGUGAUCAGAAUUUCCCUAUGACACCAACAAUGACCCAAAAUCAUGAGGGCUUCUUAUUGGCCUACAAGUUUAAACUGGAUCACAAUGGGUCAAAAAGGUCUGUUUUAUGCCCAGAAAUGAUUUACACAAUUCUUCAACUGUUCAUCACAAUUAACUGAAAAGAUAACAAAAAGCAAACAAAAGUUGGUAAACAGGCUUGCUUUGCCCUAACCACUGAAUUAGGGCAAAUGAUUGCCCAAAUAAUUUAAGACAAACUAUUUCUACUUUAAAGUCAACAGUCAUUUUCUCCACAAAGAAUAUUGCGCAAACAUAAAGAAUGGAUUAUAGGAUCUGUUUCAAGAUUAACAGUUACUGUCUUAAACUUGAAUGAACAUAAUUAGCAAUUCAAUUAUGACAGCAAUCUCUUUUCCACAAACACUACACUUGCUGUUAGCAAGUGGAGGGUUUUGGAAAAGAAAUCAAAACAACUGCAUGCUGUGUCAUGAUUCUGGGCUAUUUACACAAAGCAGUUAGUGUUGAAAGUGUAGUGAGUGACAAUGAUCAGCAUUUUACAAGUGAAUUAUUAAAUAUUACCUAAAACACAAGGUCAACACCAAUAACACACUCUAUCCACUUUUGAAAUAACAUCUUUACCAAAAGCACAUACUCUACCCGUUUAUGUGCAUUAUCUGCCAUUUGUUGAGGAGUUCUACAAAAUAACCUUCAAAAUAAAAUGAACUUGUAUUCAGCUCACUUUCAUUUGUAGUUUCUGUCUCACUCUCUUACACACAAACAUACCUUUUAUUGUUAUUUCUCAUAGUUCAGUACAUGUAACUGGUGUCAGCCCAUGAAUCAUGAGAGUUGGGCCUAGAUCUUGAGUUAGAGUGUCCAGCUGCAUCAGAUAAUGCUGCGAGCCUGCGAUUGGUCAGAACUUGAAGGUCGGUGGGGCAAAUACAGGAAGCGAACUGCUGCCGUAGAACUAUGUUUUUCCUCUUUUGUAAGUCGCUUUGGAUAAAAGCGUCUGCCAAAUGAAAACAUGUAAAUGUAAAUGUUCAGGGCAUUCACCACACACAGAUAUUCUUCUGAUCCAGAUUUUGUUUCCUCUUUUUGCAUGUACUCUGAGCUUGUUCCUCUCAGCAUGCAUGUCACAUUAUCCCAUGGCACAAUCUUAAUAGCAGCACGAAUCCUCAGCUUCCUCAGCAACUCUCUAAAUUGCUCCUCUUUAGCCAACCAACCCUCUUCUCCCGACACUGACUCCACACAGAGGAAUAUACGCUAUUUUGCAUGGUCCCACUUGCUGUGCCAUGUUUAACACACACACCAUCUGAAGCAGGAACAGACUGCACACAUCUGCAUAACUGGCACUGGCCGGGUACAGCAGGUUUGACGGCCACACAUCGAUGGUCUCCACAUUGUUGCCUCCCCUUAUGUAUGUGAUGCCCUUGCUCUCAGGUGGCAGCUCGAAGAAGUACCGCCCUAAACAAACAUUCUUGCCCAUUUUGAUGGCAUCACAAAUAAUGCUCACAUACUCUUCAACCUGCAGCUGCCGAGGGCUCUCGGCAUGCCGCACUGGUGAAAAAUGGGCCUGUAAGGAUGGAAGGUCCAAUCCAAAAUGAUCCCCUUCAUCCGAUCACCCUCGCAAAAGACAAGGUCCUGCAGGAAAUAGUCCUCUGGGUAACAGUUGUCAUAGGAGCCCAAGACCAGGGUAUUAGGCUUCAUACCUCCUGGAAAAGAUAUUUGGUACUAAUAAUACGUAAAAGAAAUGGACUGAGUGACACAGACAGGCAGGUGAUAUUAGGGUAAUCUUGGACAUUUGGUAUUGUGGUACACCUAAAUUUUGGUGUUUACAUUACUUUCUACCUCAGAAGCAAGCCUGACAAAUCUGUCAAAAUUAACAAUUUAACUCAUGCAAUUACUUUAAAAUGUUUAUAGUGUUUUCAUUUUCGAAUUUACUAAUUUUCACGUUACAUUCUGACAUUUUAUUCAGCUCUCUGUGAGUGCUAAACACUGGUUGGAAUAGGGCAG